UCCCUCCCUCCCUCCGCCACAGGCUCUCGGGCGCAGGGCCGUGCAGCGUGCAGCCCCAGGGCCUCACAAGACAUCGGCAUGAGCUUUGCGCUGCUUGCGUAGAGUGCAACGCAGGGCUGCAUCCUGCCGGCAUGAGUGCUGCGCUGGCUGUCCGGAGGAACAGGACCUGAGCAGUGGACUUCAACUUAUGAAUGGGUUUCUGCGGCUGAGGUCUAAACAGCAACUGUCUCUGGCAGCUGAGCAAGAACAGAUUCUGAAACAAAGUAAAAUGCAGGCAGAACUUAACUGGCAGCAGCUCUGUGAGAAUGCUGAAUGUAAUUGGUAUCAGAAACCAGAGGAUCCAACACACAGCCUAUCUUCAUCAAGAGAGGAGAUAUUUCAGUAUGGUGAUGAAAGUUCUCUGUGUAAAUAUAUCCCUGCUUCGGAAAUAAAAAAGCUGCAGGAACAGAAUGCCAGCCUUCGGGCUGCUAUUGCACAAAUGAGGAAAGAAAUGGAGAGUCUUGAUGAGCAGAUGUUGUCUUCUCUUCCUCAAACAGAAGACAGACAGCUUGCAGAGCAAGGUUCAUUGAGCACAAACAAAAUUUCAACUAGAACCACACUGAGCAACAUCGAAGUCAGUUCAAGUAAGUUGGAUUGUAUAGUAAACCCAGACACAGAAGAGGGGCCAGAACCCGAAGUUCUUGAAGAAAACAUGGUUACUUUUGGACAACAGCUACCUGGUGUAGGUACUGGUGUUGAUUGUCAAUAUAGUGUCAAACACACUCUACGAGGAAUGCAAGAUAAACUCAAGGAAGCAGCAAGAAAAAUUUCAAUUCUGAACCAAGAAAAGAGGCAGCUGAUUGAAAUGGGAAACGGACUCAGGGCAGAACUUGGAAUGGUGUUAAAGAAAGGAGUCUGGCAUCCUGUUAGCUCUAAACACUGCACAGUUUGUAUUGCCUCUGGUAGUCUUCUUCCAAGAGAACUUGUCAAAAGAACACAGUGUCAGCUAUCAGUUCUAAAGCAUCUACAGCACAGACUCACAACACAGGAGCUGCAGUGCACAAAGCAACAGCAUCCUUCAAGAUUCUCUUCUCUUACUGCCUGCCCUAGCUUAAAGGAAGAAGAAGCUCCAAGCAGCUGUGGAGACGAAAGAGAAUUACCAUGCAGUGAGAUACGGGAUCAAGCCUUCCUCUACUCAGUCCUCAAAAGAACAGCAGCCAGGGUAAGCCUGCUUUGUAAGCAGUCACAAUAUUUGACUCUUCUGGAAAUGUGGAAUUAUGGUCUAUUAUGUCAUCAUUCUUUUACAUACUGCUCCUCUUGUCACAGUCCUGUGAUCAGAAUCUGAAUUAGUUACUUGAAGGGAAUUUCAUGGUUGCCAGCAGAAGUAAGAAUUAAGAGGAAUGUCUGUAUAGCUGUCUGGUUUAAAUGCCUUCAUUGCAAAUACUUCUUCACUUUUAUUAAGUACUCCUGUAAAAUGCAACUUCUGUUUUGAUAUAGUCUGAAACUUAGCUGGGGCAGAUAUAAAUGUGUCUGUUUGAAAACUGUAUGCUUCAUGUGUUGACAAGUGACUCUUAGAUCAAAGUGUAAUUUGUAAAUCCUUGCUUAAUUCGCGUUUUCUUGUCUGAUUUAUAGCUACAAUACUACCUAGAGCGCUAAGACCUAAGAGCCAAAGGUGACAUCACAGGCAUAAUGGUGGUAUAUGCUGUGGGGAUUCCCUAGAAUUUUAUAGUCCACUGCAACAAGUUGAGAAAGGAAAAAAAUAGAAGCAGGCACAAAUUUUUACAUAUGAAACAGUCUUUACUUGUGAGACAGUGUGAGGGUUAGGAUGACAGGAGAAAGUAAAACCUAGGUCAUGAACAUGAACAUGAAUUAGUGUUACACUUCUACAAAAAUCACUACAUGUUCUUGGAAAUUUUAGUGAGAACAGCAUUUGUAAGAUAUGUGCAGUGAAGUGUAGCCUCUUUACACAACAAGUUGUUAAGGAACUUUUUAAUGACAGCUAUUAUGUUGAGCAGUGUAUUGCAGCUUAAUGUUACAUAUUUGAAAUUAUUGGUCUGUUCAUGAAGUAAUCCUUCAUUGGCUAAACUUUGGGAAACUAACUCCUGCUGUAGGACAAAAAAUAAUGGACUUACAUUAUAAUAUCAGAAAAAUAUUAGGUAUAGCUAAUAAUGGAGUAUGUUCCCUAGAGGGAUCGUACACUUUUCUUUAUAGAAGAUAAUUAUAAAUAGGCAAACAUUUCUCCAGGAUGUUCCAGUAAAAGUGGGUUUUGCUUGUUUUUAUUAAAUAAGAGGUGUAGCUUUCAAUAAGUUAUUUUUCAAAAUGCUGGAGGGCUUAUGUGAAUUGAUUGGGCUUUUUGCCUUGAUGUUAUUUUCAUCAUCAUCAUUACUCCUGAGAUCUGACAGUAUCUGUAUAGCAAUGUGGCAGCCAUUUAGACUUUUUAAAUGAACUGUAUUACCAUUACAUAGAUAUUCGUAUGUGAUUAAUCACAUACAGACUGCAGGAACAAGAAUGCAGUCACUGUAUUCAGGGAAGUGAUUUGUUCCCCUAAAUCUGAUACUUGUGAGGCCACUGUGUCCACCUUUGGACUCUCUUGUACAAAAGUGUGACAAACUGGAGACCAGUGGAGAGCCACUAAAUGGCUGGGCCAUGGGAACACAUUAAACAAGAAGAGGUUUAGAGAACUGGGUUGUUAAGUGUGGAAAAGAGUAGGUGAAUGGUCAGACUGGUGCUUUUUAACUACCUGGUGAGGAAUUUUAGAGAAGGGAACCAGACUCUUAAAGAUGCACAGUGAAAAGUGGCAAUGGACACAAGUUCUGUCAAGAUACAUUCUGAGCAGGGAGUGAUAAGCACUGUGACAUUUCACCCACAGGUCCUAUCCAGCCUAUGUUACAUCUAUUUUUAAACCAGUGUAUGGAGGCAAUUAACCAUCUUUAGUAGCUGACAAGAAAAAAUAAUACUUAAAAGGGCUUUCAAAAUGAAGAGUGGAUUAUAAGUGUAUUUUUUCACAACAGCAGUGCAUUGCAGGGACAAAGUAAGGUGCAUUGACAGACCUGUAGGACUGGAAUGGACAUCAUGCUGACACUCAUGAUUCACGUGCUUUUUUUGUGAGGCUAGGACUGAAAUAGGAAGAGUAUUUCAGGCCAGGCCUAUAUUGACAGGAUAAGCAAAAGGAUGUCUUUGAAACAUUACUGAUAGUGCUGUGCAGUUUCGUGCUGUUGUAUGUGUGGUGCAACCACUCUGGCAGCCUUACAAGGACAUCAGUUUCUUAAUGUCUAGAAAUUUCCAGCCACUGUUGCAAAACUUAAUGUAGAUUUUCGGGGAUCUAGAAAUAGCAAAAGGGACAGAGGAUACUGCCAACGUGGAACAAGUUAAAUGUGAAUCAAUAAGGGAUAAUAUUUUCCUAAAACCAAGUUUAAUUUGAUCUCUGCAACCAGAUUUAUAUCCACCAGAGUGGAACUUCUUACUCAGACAUGCAGGCCCUGAAAUACUGCAUUGCAAGAAUACAAUUUUUAAACACUCUAUGUGCUUAGCUUUCUCCUCCAGAAAAAGGUGUCCUUAAUUCCACUGGACUGAAUUCUGUAUUUCAGAAAAAAAAAAAGUGAAAGCAGAAUCUUUCUUUUUUUUUGGAACAACAUCACCUUAGAAGCAUUAUAUACAAAAUUUUCAAAUUCUGCUUCUAAUUGUUAGCAGAGGCUUGUAUUAUUUUUCAGGCCUGAACUAUAGGAAUUAAUUCAAUCUUUCCUGUUUAAAACCACUCACUUUAAUUUAAUAUAUUCGUCAAAUACAUUGUUACAAUGGAUAGAACUGUCAUUGAGACAGAGUGACUUGGAACUGGGCUUUCAGGUACAAGCGACGCACGCAGAGACUUGGAAGCUCAGUGUCACAAAAUGAUUUGCAGCAAAGCACACAAGUUAGUUUGCUUAUUCAAUCCUUUUUUUUUUUUUUCCCAAGUUCAACUCUGUCCAAAUUGGUAACAGCAGUAGAUGUGUUUUGUGGGAAUUUCUGGUGAAACAGAAUUGUCACUUGAAAAUGAUCUUUCUGAACGUGUUGAACAGUUUCAUUUUUUUCAUGUUACAUGUGCAAAACAGCCUACUGGCACUCAAAAUGGUUGGCAUGUCAAGUAAGCCCUGCAAUUUGCUGUAUUUCCAAUAUAUUACACAAUGCAAUGACUAAAUCUGUUUUGAAGAGUUAAUGACUACAUCUUAAUUACUGAAGUGGACUGUUAUAUACUUUAUUCAUUUCACCAUCAAAUUCAGACCUUGUGUAAGCUUCCAAGCAAGUCAAAAGGCUAUUUUAAUUUUCUCUCUCCUUACUCUACCUGCUAAUUUUCAGUUUAGUGUAGAAAUUAGAUUGAUUUCAUAGCUUGCAUGUUAAUUCUGCAGAUAAGUAGAACGAAGAUGUUUAGAAGGAUUAUAAGUCCCUUCUUCAGGUAUUUUUAUGGUUCUGUAUUAUUGAAAGAAAAAGAACCUCUUAGAGAUAGACAGGUAUAAGCCCUGAUGAUAUUAAAAGGCUGCAUAGGAUGCAUGGGCUGUACAAAUAAGAAAUACACCUCUAUAUUUCUUUAUUUUUUAAAUGCUGUAUCCCAGAGGUUGAGAGCAGAUGGAGAUUUUGAUUGGUGAUCCACUUCAUUUGCACCUUGAAUGCUGAUGACAAGCCACCCUCAAAGGAAAGUAGAGCCUUUUUUGAUUUUAGAGUAAAUGUUAGGCAGGAGGAGGGGAAGAUUUGUAAAACAUUUAUAAAAUGGAAAUUUAUUUUCUUCUAUUUAUUUUAAUAAACUUUCUGUUUGCUAUUGAACAUAUUUACUAGUUUUUUCAGAGGGGAAAAAAGCAAACAUCACCUAUUGAAGUUCAGCUGUAAUACUGCAUUUAGCAUGAAGUCAGUACUGUGAAGGGUUCUGUGUGGUAGUGUGAAAUGCUCCUUAUCAGCUCCAAUCAGCUAUCCUUGGGUUAGCAGAGGCUGGGGGCACUACAGGGGGAAUAAGAGUGUAAGGCAAGCUGUGUCCCCACUAGUCAUUUGACUUAUACAUAUUUAGUGUAGAUGAAACGUUGUAUUUUCACAUCCCACAACACAUUUUUGAGAAACCCCACCAUCACAAGUAUUCAGAACCCUGUCCUCAGUUUAAUAAUUUGGAUUUACAUUUUAGCCUAACAAAGAACAGGAGUGAGCUGCUUUGAGGUAAAAUAACUUUUUUUAUUUACUACUUGAGCUUAGAUAGGGGAGUUUCUUGUACUGUAAUUCUCACUGUAGCUUGCAAAGCUCUGUCGUCUGAAAUUCCACACUUCAUGGAUCAAAAGUUAUCUUAAGUGUUUCCACACUAGACAGAAUUUCAACAGCUUUGACAUCACUGACAGUUCUAAGAGCAAUCCAUGUGGGUAAAAAGCUGGCCAGAGAAAGAAUCUGGUAAAAUAUUAACAAACAGGAACAGUGCUCUGGCUCUGGCUUCAUUCCAGCUCCAAUCAGAGAAAAACUCAUGAUCUCUUUUCUGUGUUACAUAAAACUUCAUCUUUGAAGUGUUUCACAAAUAUUAACUACGUUUUCUUCAUUUCUAUGUUCUUCUCCUGAAUAGGAACUUGUUUGAGUUGGUGUUCCUUAGGAGCACUGUUACCCAUAAGCAAAUAUCUAGUGACAAAUUUCUUAAAUGAAACUUCCAUUUGAGGAAAUUUCAGUUUGACUAUACAACAUGUCUGCAUAUAUCUCUUUUAUCCUGAGGAAAAAAAAAUCUAUGAAUGUUUGUUCAUUUCCGACUGAAGUUAGCACACAUCAAAUGGAAGAUAUGUUAAACAUUUCAAUACACUAAACAUUUAGUUCCAUUUUCAAAAGCAGUUUAGGUGCUUAGCUAUGAUCUUGCUAGCUGUGGUCACUUCUGAAAGUAAGUUGAAGGAUUGUAAAUUAGGUGUGUUUUUUCAUUGGUGUGCAAACUAAGCUAUGGCAUUUUAAAAGUAUUUCUAAUUCUGGGGUAUUGAUUCUUUAUAUUUUCCUAAUUUUUGGAACUAACCUUACAAGUUUGCGGUGGUUGAUUUUAAAUUUCUGUGUUAGUACACACUUUUGAUGGUCCAAAACUUAAAAAUAGCCAUGUAGAAUACUUGUGUUCUGUGCUAUUAUUCCAAAUACCUAACUAAGUAGCCUUUACUAGUUACAACUAUAGUUUUUCUACUAAUGACAGGAGACAAGCAUACAGAAGUCUUCACAGGAAGGGGUGGAUGCAUGUCAUGCAGUGGUGCUUGGUUACUUUGCCUUUGGAAUAACACAGUUAGGGCCUGCCACAUUAACUUCUGAAAGUCAUCCCCCUGGGUGAAUACAAAAGGUCCAUGAAAACUGAGUGAGUGUUUUAAAAAACAGACUGUCUGUAAGCAGUGUUAACUGUGUGCUAUGGAGCACUGGAUCUCCUCAUUCCUGUUAUUCAGACCACAAACAAGAAGUAGUAUUAUUCUGCUGCUGUUCCUGUUCAAGACAGCAAUCUUUGAAGCAAUACCUUUUAGACACUGCUGCCUGCACUUUUCUAAAUGGUUGAUGUUGUGCAAUUCUGCUUUCUUACCUGCCAGAUGUGGGAGAGGUAUUCUAAUGAUUAAAGUCCAUUUCCCAUGCAGGAAAAUACACCCAACGAUCUUCAUGGGCUCAAGCAUCCUCUUCCAUACCUUCUUCAUCUGUAGGAAACCACUAGGUGGCAAGCUGAACAACAGUAUUUCGCAUCCACAGCUCAAGAGUCCACUGAGCUUUUGUCACCAAGCUGAUUCAGUGCAGAGAUCACACACACACGAGUGAACAGCUGGUUCAAGCUAAGCCAGUGUAUAAAAAUUAUUUUGAAAAGUGUCAUGUUUUGACAUGAGCAACAGCGUCAUGCUUUGCAUAGAGCUAUAAACCUUCAAUUGAUCAAUUCAUCCUGUAGUUCAGGAAUAUGUUGUAAUUCCUUUGAUGUAGAAUUUUGUUUAGACUUUCUACCAUGUUCAAUUGGCUUUGAAAAUUUACCUUCUCCUACUAGUAACUGAUCUUUGUCAUUUUGUGCACCUUUUAUUCUUGCUGUAAUUGAGUAGUAUCUGGGACUGCAGACCAUGAUGCUUAUAAAAUGAUACUAAUACAGAAUACUGUAGUAUUUGUAGUAGUAUUAAUAUAGUAGUAUUUUAUAUACAGGUUUAUUACGACUACUUCUGCUGUCCGCUUUGGCUCUCCAUAGAAAAUCUGAAGUUAAAGUCUCAAUGCCUUGAAAAAUAAGAGUUAAGUGGCUGGAGUCAAACACCUGUAAAUAUUACCUAUAGUUUACAGUGAAUAAUGCAAUUGAACAGUUCCACUUAUCUUACCUGAAGAAACCUGUGAUAAGACUGAAGUUCAGUUAGUUGGAGAUAAUAGUUUUUGGAGAAUUAUGUGAGAACUGCAAGAUGGACUCUGGUAUUAGGACCAGUCCCACUGCUUCCUAAACAAAGAUGUUUCUUUUUGAGCUAGUCCUUACUGUAAAGACAGAUAUUUUAGAUAACAAAACCAAAGAUGUACAUACUAAAUGCUUUCCUAAGUGAAAGAAGAUUGAAAAAACACCCAAAAGAUAAUGGUAGUAAUGCAGCUUUGUCAAGCCAACAGAGUUACCUCUCAAAAUGGAGAGAAGGGUAAACUUUUAAAAUAUAAUGUUUUAAAACAGCUGAACAGAUAGGUAGUGCUUGACUUGAACUGUUACACUGACCUUCCAGCUGUCAUCCUCUCUUAAGCAGUCUGAUGCUAAUGGAAAAGGAACAUGUACAGAUGAAGUGAGGAUUGAGCAGAAGAUACUGUGUUAUACCAUCAGUAUGGCAAGCCUUAAUGGACUGUACUGGGUUCUUAUGUAAAGAAAUGGUCCUGGUAAUAUAAGAUUUUGACAAUGUGGCACUAUGGCAGCAGUAUAUUUAGAGGAAAAGAGUAAACCAGCUCUCUUCAACUAUCCAAUCUCAUAAUUGAAUACAAACAUAACUAUAAAGUAAUUUUCUGUCUGUUU